UUAGUUUUUAGAAACUGACUGCCACUGCAUAAUCCUUCAUUCACUCCUGGUAGUUCUUAAAGUGUGCUUUUCAAUUACAAAAUGGCUUGUCCUCAACCAUCAGAUGAGCUUUUAUUUUUUGUGAAUGGAAGGAAGGUGACAGACAAUUAUCCUGAUCCUGAAGAAUACUUGCUUAAUUACCUGAGAAAGGAACUCAACCUGACUGGAACUAAAUAUGGCUGUGGAAUUGGAGGCUGUGGGGCCUGUACUGUGAUGAUAUCAGCCUAUAAUCCUGAAACCAGAAAGAUACAUCAUUAUCCAGCCAACUCUUGUCUACUUCCAUUGUGCUCCAUCCAUGGUGCUGCAAUAACUACUGUAGAAGGAGUGGGAACCACAAAGACCAAACUUAAUCCUAUACAGGAAAGGCUGGCAAAAUGUUUUGGCUCUCAGUGUGGCUUCUGUACUCCUGGGAUGGUGAUGUCUAUGUAUUCUCUCCUAAGAAAUCAUCCUGAACCCAGCAUGGAGCAGAUUGUUGCAUCUUUGGAUGGUAAUUUGUGCCGUUGCACUGGAUACAGACCUAUACUGGACAGCUUUAGUGCUUUUUCUUCGGAAUGCUGCCCAUUGGCAGGGAGUGGGAAAUGUUGCAUGGAAAAAGAGGAGAGUAAAGAGAAAGAGAAUUAUGCAGAAGAUCCAUCAUUAAAAAGAGGACAGAUCUGUUCAGGCCUAUGUAAGCCAGAAAAAUUCUAUCCCAAGGAUCCAACCCAGGAUUACAUAUUUCCUCCUGAACUAAUGAGAAUAGCUGAAGAGAACAAGGGGAAAACUCUGGUUUUCAAUGGAAAAAGGACAACGUGGAUUUCUCCCUCAUCUCUAAAAGAGCUUCUCCAUCUGAAGGCUACCUACCCACAAGCACCUCUUGUUAUAGGAAAUACAUGUGUAGGACUUGAUAGGAAACUUCUGGAUGUUUAUUAUCCCCUUUUCCUCCAUCCUGUAAGGGUUCCAGAACUGCAUGUCACCAGCAUUGAAGAGAACGGCAUACUAAUAGGAGCAGCCAUCCGCUUUACCCAGUUGAGAGACUUCCUAUUAAGCAUUGUCUCAGAGCUCCCAAUGGAGAAGACCAAGAUUUACUGUACCCUCUUGAAACAACUGAAGACUCUGGCUGGAGAACAGAUCAGAAGUCUGGCUUCUUUAGGAGGACACAUUGUAAGCAGAGGAUCCACCUGGGAUUUGACCCCUGUCCUGGCAGCUGGGAAAGCUAUUCUCUAUCUGGCAUCAGAAGAUGGUACACGGGAAAUUCCGCUAAGUGAUGAAUUCCUUGAACGAAUCCCUCAAGCAGACCUUUUGGAAAAUGAAAUCAUUGUUUCUGUUUUUAUUCCAUUCUCAAAGGAAAAUGAAUUUGUAUCAGCCUUCCGACAGGCAGAUCGUAAAAGAAAUGCAUUCUCGGUGACAAAUUCUGCAAUGAAAGUCCUUUUCCAAUCAGGCACAGAUGUCAUUCAGGACUUAACUAUUUUAUAUGGAGGCAUUGAUUGUACAACUGUGAGUGCAAGAAAUUCCUGCCAGAAGCUCAUUGGAAGAAAUUGGAAUGAAGAGAUGCUGAAUGAAGCUUGCCAGUUAAUUCUUGAAGAAAUCACGCUCUCUCCCUCAGCACCGGGUGGAAAAGUAGAAUUCAGACGCACUAUGCUUAUCAGUUUCUUCUUCCGAUUCUAUCUGAAUGUACUACAUGAUUUAAAAAACAUGUUUCCAAACAACUAUCCUAAUUUACCGAAGGAAUACAUGAGUGCUUUAGGCGAAUUCUGUGAUACACCACCGAAAGGCAUGCAAGUAUACCAGGAUGUGGAUCCUCAACAACUUCCUCAGGACCCUGUGGGACGUCCCAUCAAGCAUGAGUCUGGUAUUAAGCAUGCCACUGGUGAAGCUAUCUAUGUUGAUGAUAUGACACCGGCAGAGGGGCAACUGUACAUGGCAGUGGUCACCAGCACACAGGCUCAUGCCAAAAUUCUAGCCAUUGAUAUAUCAGAAGCCUUGAAAGAACCAGGUGUGGUUGAUGUAGUAACAGCUCAAGACAUUCCAGGGAAAAAUGGUGAUGGCAAAGAGGAUGUGUUUGCAGACAACGAAGUAAUAUUCAUUGGGCAUAUUAUAUGUGGUGUCGUCGCAACAUCCUUUGAAUGUGCAAAACACGCUGCAAAAAAAGUGAAGAUUGACUAUCAAGAUCUGGAAGUGAUUCUGACGAUUGAGGAAGCAAUUCAACAUGACUCCUACUUAGCAAAAGAUAAAAAAAUUGAAAGAGGAGAUGUGGAAAAAGCAUUUCAGAUUGUGGACAAAAUUAUUGAAGGUGAAGUCCACAUUGGGGGUCAGGAACAUUUUUAUCUGGAAACAAAUAGUGUGUGUGUCAUUCCAAGAAAAGAAGAUAAUACUAUGGAUAUAUAUGUGUCCACUCAGGAUGCUGCCCAUGUACAGAAUCUGGUGGCUUCUGUGUUAGAUGUUCAGAGCAAUAAGAUCAUGUGCCAUACAAAACGAGUUGGAGGAGCUUUUGGCGGAAAAACAACUAAACCUCCAUUUUUUGCAGCAGCAGCAGCAGUGGCUGCAAAUAAAACGGGUUGUCCAGUUCGUUUUAUCCUGGAGCGAGAAUAUGACAUGCUAAUAGUUGGAGGCCGACAUCCACUUUAUGGAAAAUAUAAAGUGGGAUUCAUGAAAGAUGGCAAAAUUAAAGCUGUUGACCUUCUGCUCUACAUCAAUGGUGGAUGUACACCAGAUGAAUCUGAAUUGGUACUAGAGUAUGUGGUGCUAAAAUGUUUUAAUGCAUAUGAUAUCCCCAACUUCCGAAGCCAGGGAUGGGCCUGCAAGACAAAUUUACCAUCAAAUACCUCAUUUCGAGGGUUUGGAUUUGCACAAUCAGCCUUAAGUGCGGAAAUGUGGAUAGCAGCUGUGGCUGAGAGCCUUGAUCUUCCACCUGAUAAGGUCAGGGAGAUGAAUUUAUACAAAACGAUAAGUGAAACUCCCUACAAAGAAAAGGUGGAUGCCAGAAAUCUGCUGACAUGUUGGAAAGAGUGCUUGAAGAAGUCUGAUUACUACAUAAGAAAAGAAGCUGCUGAGGAAUUCAAUAAACAAAAUUACUGGAAAAAGAAAGGAAUUGCAAUCAUCCCCAUGUUGUUUUCAAUUGGAUAUACCACCACAUUUUACCACCAGGCUGCUGCUCUGGUUCAUAUCUAUGUAGAUGGGUCAGUACUACUGUCCCAUGGUGGAUGUGAACUGGGACAAGGACUUUAUACCAAGAUGUUACAGGUGGCUAGCCAUGAAUUAAAGAUACCACUAUCUUACAUACACCAUUAUGAAAGAACUACAGUCACAAUACCGAAUGCAAUUGCUACAGCAGGAUCAAUCGGUGCAGAUGUCAAUGGGAAAGCAGUCCAGAAUGCUUGUCAAAUUCUAAGGAAGCGCCUUGAGCCAAUCAUUAAAAAAAAUCCUAAAGGAAAGUGGGAAGAUUGGAUUAAAGCUGCCCAUGAGGAAAGCAUCAGCCUCUCUGCUACUGGCUUCUUCAAAGGAUACGUUGUCAAUAUUGACUGGGGGAAAGGAGAAGGUCACCCAUUUCCUUAUUUUAUUUUUGCUGCAGCAUGUUCUGAAGUUGAGAUUGACUGCCUCACUGGUGACCAUAAGAAUCUCCGAACUGACAUUGUCAUGGAUGGUAGUUUCAGCAUCAAUCCAGGCAUUGACAUAGGGCAGGUUGAAGGUGGCUUUAUUCAGGGACUUGGAUUUUAUACAUCAGAAGAAAUAAAAUUCUCUCCAGAAGGACAGCAGUAUACAUUGGGUCCUGACACAUAUAAGAUACCGGGUCUUUGUGACAUUCCAGAAGAGCUUAGAACCUACUUGCUGCCAAACUCAAGCAAUCCAAUUGCUAUCUAUUCCUCCAGGGGACUGGGGGAAUCUGGAGUAUUCCUUGGAUCCUCUGUAUUUUUUGCUAUAAAAGAUGCAAUAGGUGCUGCACGGAAGGAAAGAGGAUUAAGCUCUGUUUUCACACUGGACAGUCCACUGAAUGUGGAGAGGAUCCGCAUGGCCUGUGCUGAUUACUUUACAGAGAUGAUUCCAAGAGACAAGCCUGGGACCUAUAUACCUUGGGCUAUCCAAGUUGAUUAAUCUUCUACUUAUUUGUUUUUCAAUGAAGUAGUGAUUUCCUUAUCACAUGAUGUUGUACAUACCGCUUCAGAAAUAUAUCAUACAGUUUUCAAUGGGACAUACAUUCCAAAUAAAUGUUUAUAGGACUGCAUCCACAUUGGGGGUGGCACACUGGACUUGAUUUUUAUCUCUGGUCAGUGGUUGAAGGAUCUGGACUUGAAGGAAAUAGUCACAGAACCUUUGUCAUGGUCAGAUCACUCUCUCCUUAGCCUGGACUUUCUGACCGCCACCCAACACCGCAGGGAGACGGAGCCAAUACGUUGGUUCCGUCCCAGGCGCCUGAUGGACCCGGAGAGGUUCCGGACGGAGCUUGGGCCGUUUCCUGAGGGUCUGGCUCACGGCAUGGCUGAAGAACUAGUCGCGGCCUGGGAACGGGCCGCAGCGGGGGCUUUAGAUCGUGUCGUGCCUUUGCGGCCUCUGACCCGGCGCAGAUCCCAACCGGCUCCUUGGUUUUCCGAGGAGCUGAGGGGGAUGAAACGCCGGAGAAGACGCCUAGAGAGUUCUUGGAGGUCCAGUCGUUCGGAGGCUGAUCGGACACUAGUUAGGUCCUAUAAUAGGACCUACCUAGUGGCACUGAGGGAAGCGAGACGUUGGUACGUCUCCUCCCUCAUUGCGUCAGCAGAUAACCGCCCGGCCGCCCUGUUUCGGGUGACUCGUUCCCUCCUUCAACAGGGGGAGCGGGAUGACCCGUUGCAGGGACGAGCUGAGGAGUUUAGUGGUUAUCUAUACGAUAAAAUCGUUCAGCUUCGGGACGGUCUGGACCAAAAUUGCGUAGAUCCAGGUGAGAUGUCGGAGGGCGGUCUUGUUGAGAUUGUUUGUGAUGAGUUUGACCCUGUGGUUCCUGAGGACAUGGACAGGUUGCUGGGUAGGUUGAACGCCACCACGUGUUUACUGGACCCGUGCCCCUCCUGGUUGGUACUGGCCACUCAGGAGGUGACACGAGGCUGGCUCCAGGAGAUUACGAAUGCUUCUUUGGUGGAGGGGGUCUUUCCGGCCGCCUUGAAAGAGGCGGUGGUGAGGCCCCUCCUCAAGAAGCCUUCCCUGGACCCAGCUGUUUUAGGUAAUUAUCGUCCAGUCUCCAACCUUCGCUUUGCGGCGAAGGUUGUAGAGAGUGUGGUGGCAUGUCAAUUACCCCAGUACCUGGAUGAAACUGUCUAUCUAGACCCGUUCCAGUCCGGCUUCCGGCUCGGAUACAGCACUGAGACAGCUUUGGUCACGUUGGUGGAUGAUCUCUGGAGGGCCAGGGAUAGGGGUUAUUCCUCUGCCUUGGUCCUAUUAGACCUCUCAGCGGCUUUUGAUACCAUCGACCAUGGUAUCCUGCUGCACCGGUUGGAGGGAUUGGGGGUGGGAGGCACUGUUUUUCGGUGGUUCUCCUCCUAUCUCUCCGAUCGGUCGCAGACAGUGUUGACAGGGGGGCAGAGGUCGGCCCCGAGGUGCCUCACUUGUGGGGUGCCGCAGGGGUCGAUUCUCUCGCCCCUUCUGUUCAACAUCUAUAUGAAGCCGCUGGGUGAGAUCAUCAGUGGUUUCGGUGUGAGGUACCAGCUGUACGCUGAUGACACCCAGCUGUACUUUUCCACACCGGACCACCCCAACGAAGCUAUCGAAGUGUUGUCCCAGUGUCUGGAAGCCGUACGGGUCUGGAUGGGGAGAAACAGGCUCAAGCUCAAUCCCUCCAAGACAGAGUGGCUGUGGAUGCCGGCAUCCCGGUACAGUCAGCUGCAGCUGCGGCUGACUGUUGGUGGCGAGUCAUUGGCCCCGAUGGAGAGGGUGCACAACUUGGGCGUUCUCCUGGAUGAAUGGCUCUUUUGAAGAUCAUUUGGCGGCCGUCUCCAGGAGAGCUUUUUAUCAGGUUCGCCUGGUUCGCCAGUUGCGCCCCUUUCUAGACCGGGAUGCCCUAUGCACAGUCACUCAUGCUCUCGUGACGUCUCGUCUGGAUUACUGCAAUGCUCUCUACAUGGGGCUCCCCUUGAGGUGCACCCGGAGGCUCCAGUUAGUUCAGAAUGCGGCUGCGCGGGUGAUAGAGGGAGCCCCUCGUGGCUCCCAUGUGACACCUCUCCUGCGCAGACUGCACUGGCUACCUGUGGUCUUCCGGGUGCGCUUCAAGGUUUUGGUGACUAUCUUCAAAGCGCUCCAUGGCAUAGGGCCGGGAUACUUACGGGACCGUCUGCUACCGUCUGCUACCAAAUACCUCUCACCGACCCGUGCGCUCUCACAGAGAGGGACUCCUCAGGGUGCCGUCGGCCAGACAGUGCCGGCUGGCGACACCCAGGGGAAGGGCCUUCUCUGUGGGGGCUCCCACCCUCUGGAACGAGCUUCCCCCAGGACUUCGCCAACUUCCCGACUUCCGAACCUUUCGCCGCGAGCUUAAGACACAUCUAUUUAUUUGCGCAGGACUGGACUAGAUUUUAAAUUUAAAUUGGUUUUAAUGGGGAUUUUAUUAUUUUUAUUAUUAUUUUAAUUAUUCGACCAAUUAUAAUAAGUUUUUUAAUGGAUGUUUUAUUUGUAUUUAUAUGUAUGUUUUUAUCUGGUUGUGAACCGCCCUGAGUCCCUAGGGAGAUAGGGCGGUAUAAAAAUAUGAAAAAUAAAUAAAUAAAAUAAAAAAUUGUCUGUCAAAACAAUAUUGGAACCAUGUUUAGGAUACUGUUGGCCAAACUUGUUCAGUUUGAUCUUUAGAAUUGUUUUCCAACCAUUUUUGACCAAAUUUGGUGGACCUGACACAUUCCAGCAUGAGAGUAAAGCUCUCUUACAGAGAGAACUUUACCUGAAUGAAACCAGCAGAAACAAAUAUUCUUAGCAGCAUCUCCCUCUCUCUCCCACUCUCUCUCUGAUAUAGUCAUUUGGUGUUGCUUCUGAUUUAAGGAACAGAUUGUAACCACUAAAUGUGAUGUAAUGAAAGAUAUUUUACAUAUCUUUUCAUUUUACUUACUUUUUAUUAUUGUAAGCCACCAAGAGUAGCUCUAGAGUAUUUGACUCGAUAGAUGGCAAAUAAAUUUAAUUUCAAUUUAACAAAUAAAAUUAAUUCACCUAAAGAUGUAAAAUACUGUAUUAUAAUAAAUAUUACCUAUGUGGUAACAAUGUUAUAAAUAUUUUAAUGCUAUUAACUAUUGCUUAUGGGGUGUAUACCUCAUCUCAUCAAUAGAAUAAGUUGCUAUAGUUGUGAAGGGCUCUAACUGUUCAGGAUAAGGUACCGUAUAUACUCGAGUAUAAGCCGAGUUUUUCAGCACGUUUUUUGUGCUGAAAAACGUCCCCUCGGCUUAUACUCGAGUAUAUACGGCUUAUACUCGAGGUUUUUUUUUUCUUCUUUUUUUCACAUUAUACCGGAUGGCGGGCUUUUGCAUUAGCGCGGGGAAGCCCUGCCGGUGCAGUGAGAGGGCGGGGCGGGGGAGCCGCCAGCCUUCUCGGCUGAGGGAGGGAGGCUUUCCCCGACCGGUAGCUGCCUCAUUUCCCACCCUCGGCUUAUACUCGAGUCCCCAGUUUACCCCAGUUUUUUGGGGUAAAAUUGGGGACCUCGGCUUAUACUCGGAUCGGCUUAUAUUCGAGUAUAUACGGUAUUUAACAAUAGAUUAAAACAGUACAGUUUCUGUGGGAAAAGGAAACAGAAUUAAAUGUGAGAAAAAUAUCAUUGUGGACAAUUUUAUCUUGUGGGCAACUAAGGUAAGCUUAUCAACAUCACAUGCUAGAAAUGAAAAGCAGCUAUCAACACAAUUACUGAUGCAAGAAAGGCACUCAUGAUUUCCAGUGGUAUAUUGGUCUGCAAGAAACCUGGUUAUUUUCAGCAUAAAUGUGACACUGGUAAAAAAGCACUUGAAAAAUAGCUGCAUAUUCUUUAUAAUGUUAUAUAUUAAAUAUGUUCUUCUUAUCUGUCUGCAUGAACACAUCUACUAUGUGGGAUUUUAGUGAGGUAUCACAUGUGUGCAUUCUUUAAUGAAUAAAGAUUGAAUAACUUGCCA